GGGCAGCACCAGAAGGCGGCGCUGUCCAGCACCGGGAUCAGAGUGUAGACAAGACGACGAUAAUCAACAACCGUCAGUCAGAAUCAGAAUGGCUACAGAGUUUACAAUCUCCGACCUCCUGGCAGAGGGGGGCGAGUAUCGACUGUACCAACUGACAAAGUUCUACAGGGACAGACUCAAACAUGCGAUUGAAGAGAAAGUUGAAAGACUCGGUUGGAUGUUGACAAAGGAGGGACAUUUCAGUAGAGAAGAAAAUGAGAAAGUCACCGAACUGACAGAGAAGGGAAACCGGACAGAGAGUUCCAGACUCUUCCUCAGUUUGGUGAAUGGCAAAGGCUCCCGGGCCCGGAGGGCGAUGUGGGAAUCAUUUGUGUUGUGGAGGACUGAGUUACCGAAGUUGGACAGGAUACUGAGGGAAAUACAGGCGCUCGGUCCUGACCCAGAGGAAUAUAUAAAAAUCGCACAAGGGUUGUCUGAGUUACCCACUGAACUGACAGAUGUUCAACAGAAACACAAGGAGACUCUGCGGGCACAAACUGAAACACUGAGAGUGAACACGAUCCUGAUGAGGGAGAAGGUGAAGGUUUUCCAGCUGGUUGAUCGAUACGCUGAGCUCACGGUCAUUUCUACUGUUCGAGACAGGACACUGGUGGAACACGAGCUGCUGGCAAGAGGCACAGACCACGAGGAGUGGAGACAGAAACAUCUCCGCAGUGAGCUGGAAAAAAUCCGGACUGAUCAGUUCUUCCAGAGCAGCUUUUCCCGGAGUAAAUCCAAAUCUGGGAGUUCGGCAGCAGUGGCCGGAGUCCCAGGGAUCGGGAAAACAACAAUGGUACAAAAGAUUGUUUAUGACUGGGCCACGGGAAAAAUUUACCAACAGUUCCAGUUCGUCUUCAGUUUCAAGUUCCGAGAUUUAAACACGAUCAAUUGUACAAUAAAUCUCUCGAACCUGGUGCUGUGUUUCUAUCCUUACCUCAGGAAUGUCCUGAAAUCACUGUGGAAGAACCCAGAGGGAAUGUUGUUUAUAUUUGAUGGCUUGGAUGAAUUCAACGACACAAUUGAUUUUGCUGAUAGCCGUAGAAACACAGACCCUCAGGGCUCAUGCACAAAUCCCGAAUUCUGGUGCAAGGUGUCUGACAUUGUGUACAGUUUAAUCCAGGGCAAGCUGCUCCCAGGGUGUUCAGUGCUGGUGACCACCCGCCCCUCUGUGUUACAUUUAUUGAAAAAGGCAGAGAUCGGUGUCUGGGCUGAAAUCCUGGGAUUUGUUGGUGAGGAACGGAAGGAAUAUUUUAUCAGGCAUUUUGAAGAUCACAUGGUGGCAGCAACUGUUUUCAAACACUUGCAGGACAACGAGAUCCUGUACACCAUGAGCUACAACCCCUCCUACUGCUGGAUCCUAGCUCUGGCACUGGGCCCCUUCUUCACACAAAGAGUCAGAGACCCGCAGAGAGUUCCCAAGACCAUCACCCAACUGUACUCCUACUAUAUUUACAAUAUCCUGAAAAACCACGGCCGUGAGAUUGAGAGACCCCGUGAUGUGUUUCUCAGGGUGGGUCAGAUGGCCUACAGAGGAGUGUCAGAGAAGAAGAUUGUGUUUGCAGACGGAGAUUUGAUCAAGUUCAAUCUGCAGCCUUCCCAGUUCCUGUCCGGGUUCCUGAUGGAGCUUUUGGAGAGAGAGGAUUCUACCCACAGCGUGGUGUACACAUUCCCACACCUCACCAUCCAAGAGUUUGUAGCUGCAGUCGCACAGUUCCUGACUGUACAUCCCGAGGAUAUCCUGAAAUUCCUCACUGAAGCCCACAAGACAGAAGAUGGGCGAUUUCAGGUAUUUCUCCGUUUUGUUGCUGGUCUCUCCAACCCAAUGACAGCUCGGGGCCUGGAGGAGUUUCUGGGUCCAUUUCCUCAUCAAACAACCUGCCGGGUGAUUGACUGGGUGAAGGAAGAGGCUAAACGCCAGAGUGGAAACACGGGUGACAUUGGUAGAAGGAGACUCCUGAACACAUUGCACUACCUGUUUGAGUCUCAGAAUCGUGGACUGGCUCAGGCCGCACUGGGGUCGAUGAAAACACUUUCAUUCAGUGGAAUGACACUGACUCCGGUUGACUGCGCGGUCCUGUCUCAAGCCAUCGGACUCUGUGAUACAAUAGAAGAUCUCAACAUGGAGAGCUGCCGCAUCCAGUGUGAAGGAAUACAGCGGCUGGGGCCCUGGCUGCACAAGUGCGAGGAGUUGAGACUUGGGAAGAAUUACCUGGGAGAUUCAGGUGUGAAACUGGUGUCUGCGGCUCUGGUGAACUCGGAGUGUAAAAUACAGAAACUGCGGCUGGACAAUGUCGGGCUCACAGAUUCUGGGGCCGAGGAUCUCGCCUCCGCUCUCAGUACAAAAUCAUCACUGACGGAGCUGGACCUGAGUGAGAAUAAACUGGGAGAUUCAGGAGUGAAACUGGUGUCUGCAGCUCUGAGGAACCCAGAGUGUAAAAUACAGAAACUGUCGCUGAACAAUGUCGGUCUCACAGAUUCUGGUGCCGAGUAUCUCGUCUCCGCUCUCAGUACGAACCCAUCACUGACGGAGCUGGACCUGAGAUCAAACUUUCUGACAGACGGAUCUGUCCCCGGUCUCCGCCGCCUCAUACUGACCCUCCCGAGUCUGGAGCUGAUCCGGCUGGGGUCGAAUCGGUUCAGUGAGACCGGGAGGAAGGAACUGAGAUCUCUGCAGGAACCCAAACCCGGACUGGGAGUGAACUUCUGAAUGUGUGAACAUCCCCGCCCGCGGGAUGAAACCGAUACCCCGUCCUCCCCUUUAAAACCACCUCAACUUUAAUUCCGCCUCCCCUUUUAACUCCCAACUCCCCUUUAAUUCCCCCAUCCUCUUUUACUCCCCUCUCUCCUUUAACUCCCCCUCCUUUAACUCCCCCUCCCCUGUAGCUCCCCAACACCUUUAAAUCCCGCCCUUACCUUUAAUGGCCGCGUGCCGGGGCUGAUUCCCAACGGUAUUAACGGAACCGGAUCCGGACUCCAGCUCGGUGAGGUCGGAAGCGCUCCGGCAGAUACGCAUUUCUGCACGUUGUCCAGCGUCGCAACUUCCGCCGGAUGUGCGGGUUCGAGACUAUCCCGCGUGACACCCCGGGGAAUUACCCGGACAAGAGGAGGCCGUGGGGGUCGGGGCUCAGUCUGGGACACCGGUGUCCCGGGAGAGAGUCCUUUUGCUCACUUUGCUGAGGACGGUGCAAUCGGCUGUCUGGCCGAUAUCAUGAUGUUAAAUUGACAAAUACCUCGGCAAUGGCCUUGAAUCCGCAGCGAUCCCGGAAACGGCCCAGGAGUGUGAUUGGAUGCAGAGUGACGGUGAGGAUUGGGACUGAUUAAUCUACCGGUCACCCGUUGUCGCCGGUCAGUUAAUUCUGUGUGACUGUGAGAGUGUCGGGAACUGUGAGGCGACCAACGUUCUGCGCAGGCGCAACGGGUUUCAAAUAGCUAGCGCGCCGGAGCACCUCUGACGUAAUUUCCAGGGCGGGCGCUCGGGAUUAAA